AAGCAGAGCCAAUUCAUACUAGUUUUGUCUUUCUCCUCCUCCCUGCUGAGUUUUGCAAAGGCAGCACUCAGACUAAGGAGGGGGGGACUGGCUGGCAGUGCCCCCCUCUGGACUAGUUGUAAAUAAGAAGGCAGAGAUAUGGGGCAGUGUCCCAUCAGCCCCCUUGGGCCAGCCUCCACUAGACUGUGUACCUCCAAUGUCAGAGGCUUAACACUGCAAAAUAGGUCAUUCAGAUAUCACAAAGGGGGCCAUGGGCCACUUUUUUAAAAAACAAAAAAGAAACAAUUUUUUUAUUUUUUAAAACAGAAAAAACAACCAUCGCCAUCACUUAGCUCAAGUCUGCAAUAUAGUCCAUACAAACAAUGUCUGCAUCAAUUUAACACAAACACUUCAAAAGCCAGACUAUACAAUGUGUUGUCUAUAAUGUGGGGUGCCGAUACAAAAACUCUCAUCUGUAAGUCACAUUACUGGCAAAAAGAUGACAAAAAACUGCCCCACCUGCAAUAAUACAUCUCUUCAGUAUUGAUUUCUACAGCCACAGCAGGCACUGCAACUCUCCAAGGGUUUGACUUUACCCCCAAAGGCACACUCCUCCAUUGUUUCCCAGGAAAGAAGGGUGCCAACAAUAUGGUUGUCCUGACUCAUGGACUACCUUCUCAGGGUCGCCAGGUGGCUUUUCAGCUUUGUGGGAGGGGCUACCAGGAACUGGGUGGCAGGGACUUACCAAGCUGCUUCUGCUUCUCUUCUCCUCCCCUUGAAGGGCAAGAUGGUUCUCCAGGAGGGUUUUCCCUGCUGUGUGGCCUGGCGGCCAGGGGAGGCCAGGGCAAGGUCACCUGAGGAGGAGGACCAAGAAGAGCUUCCAUGUGCGGUUGUUUGAUGAAUGCUGGUGAAAACUCACACCAAGUGCUUGCAGGAUCAGCACCCUGGUGUAUUGCUUUGCUGUUUCCCUGGCAUCAGCCUACCUUCCCUGGUGUCAUGGCAACCCUUGUGCCACACUGCAGAGUCAUGUUCUCACCUGCAGAAAGGUCAUUAAAGACCCGAGCGACAGAGGAUCUCUGUCUUCCCUGCUGAAUGGUUUCUUCCUGUGCCCUGACCUUCUUGCUUUGAGCUGAAAGGCCAGCUAUGGUGGCUGGUCAGUUACUGUGGAAACUUUCAGGGUGUAGAGCUGGAACAGCCCUUUAAGAGGGAAGUCUUCUACUUGCCAGUUUAGUGUUGAGCAAUAGGUAUGAAUUCCCAGGUGCAGCAGAACUACCACGUGGACUGUGAGGCUGCUGUUAACCACAUGGUGAACCUGGAGCUCCAUGCCAGUUACGUCUAUCUUUCCAUGUCCUACUACUUCAGCCGUGAUGAUGUUGCCCUCAAGCAUGUAGCUACAUUCUUGAAAGAGGAAUCACUCAAGAAGAGGGGAUAUGCAGAGAUGUUUUUGAAAUACCAGAACAAGCGAGGGGGGUGCAUCAUUCUUCAAGACAUUCAGAAGCCGGAGCAGGAUGAGUGGCAGUCCAGCCUUGAAGCCUUCCAGAGUGCCCUGCGGCUGGAAGGAAAGGUGAACCAAGGUCUCCUGGACUUACACAAGCUGGCUCUGGAGAAGGAGGAUCCUCAUCUGUGUCACUUUCUAAAGUCUCAGUUUUUGGAGGAACAAGUGAAGGCCAUCAAGCAGUUGGCAGACCAUCUAUCUAACUUGAGGCGCCUGGGAGUGCCCCAGGAUGGUUUGGGAGAGCACCUCUUUAACAAGCUCACCCUGGGGGCGUGCAGCUGAAAUGGCAAAGGACAUGCCCCAAAUCAGCGGCUAUUUGUUAUACACGAUGCCCUUGCAAUAAAACAUGGAUGUCAGUUGAACCCAAUCAGAAAGGUGUGUGUGUGUGAUUUUGUG